AUGAAUUGGAUUAUAUUAAACUUUCCGGUUAAAGAAUUCAUACAUGCUUCCGCUCCUCUAGUAGUUUGCAUACUCUUUCCAUAUACAACGAAGAUACAAUGGUUGUUGAUAUUGUUCGCAUCAUUUUCAGGCUGCAUUUCCCUUGUAUUGACAGUAAUUGAAGCGUACGAAAAGGUAAUAAGAGUAUACAAUAAGACAUUAGAGAAGAUCGUCAUUCCCGAAUUUAUAAAUAAAAGACCGUUUAAGGAAUCCGAUCUAACAAAGAGACAAGAAAUUUUAGAAUGCAUGUUGUAUAAUGUGAAUUCCAAAAUAUUAUCUGAAUUAAAGACUAAUUAUACAUUCAAAAGUACUACUCGGCUAAUUGAGUUUCACGAUCUGAUUAUUACCGAUAAAUCUAGAAAAUUGACAGCUGGGUGUAUUGAAAGCAGGGACAAUGUGGUGCUAGAAGCGAAGAAGAUGUAA